AUGACCUCCAUAUUCCUCACCGGCGCAACUGGCUACAUCGGCGGAGCCGUGUUAGCCCGUCUUCUCACACAUCCUAGGGCCGCAAGCUUCGAUAUCACUGCUCUGGUACGCAGCGAGGCAAAGGGAGCGCUUUUGCAGAAAAAGUUCGGGGUGAAGACACUUGUCGGCGCUCUGGACAAUGUCGAUGAGAUCACCGCUGCUUCCGAGGCAUCGAACGUUGUCAUUCACACUGCGAAUUGUGACCACCUGCCGUCCGCGCAGGCAAUUCUGGCGGGCAUGAAAGCUCGCUACACCAAGACCGGCGAAGUCCCCGUGCUUAUACACACUUCCGGCACUGGGAUGCUCGUCGACGACGCCAGGGGCGCCUUCCUCUCAGAAACCAUCUACGAUGACAUGGACCUCGAGUCAGUCAAGUCUAUCUCGCCCUCCGCCUUCCACCGCAACGUCGACGUCCCAAUCGUCGAGGCCGACGUCGCCGGAUACGUCCGCGCGUACAUCGUCUCCCCGAGCGCCAUCUACGGGGUCGCCAAGCACGCGCUCGUCGACGCCGGGAUCGCGAACCGGUUCAGCCUCACCAUUCCGAUCCAGGCUCGGAUCGCCAUCAAGCGCGGGCACCCGGUCGUCGUCGGCGAGGGAAAGGGCGCGUGGCCCGUGGUGCACAUCGACGACACCGCCGAGUUCUACAUCCAGCUCUUCGACGCCGUCCUCGGCGGCGGCCGCGAAACCGUCGGCCACGGCGCAGAGGGCCUGUACUUCCUCGAGAACGGCGAGCUGACGUGGGGCGCCAUGGCGCACUCGAUUGGACAGGCGAUGGCGGCGAGCGGCUUCGUCUCUGGGCCCGCGCUCGCGCCCAAGCCGCUCACCACUCCGGAGCAGCUGGUCGAGUUGUUUGGAAACGAGAUUGUGGGCUGGAUAUUCGGCUCGAACGCGCGGUGCAAGGCGAACCGGGCACGCGCUCAGGUGGGGUGGAAGCCGAAGUACGGGGUGGAGGGCUUCGAUGCGAGCACCGUGGAAGACAUCCAGGGCUUGCUCCAGGAGGAGAAGAAAUAG